AUGCUUGUGAGAUUUACUGAGAAUCAGAUACUACUGAGGCUGCAAGCUGGGCUCUUCUCACUGAUCUACCUAGUAUCUAUGUUGGAGAAUUUAAUUAUCAUCUUCCUCACAAUUCUUGACCAACACCUCCACACACCAAUGUACUUUUUCCUCAGGCAUUUGUCCUUUUUAGAUCUGUGCCUUAUUUCUACCACAGUCCCCAAAUUUAUUUUCAACUGCAUCACCUUCACUGAGUCCAUCUCUUACCUGGAAUGUGUGUUACAGCUUUUCCUGGUAGUACUAAUGGCUGGGUCAGAGACUGGUAUUCUCACUGUGAUGUCCUGUGACCGCUAUGUUGCCAUCUGUCGCCCUCUGCAUUAUGAGGCUGUCAUGAGCAAAAGGACCUGUGUCCAGUUGAUGGCUGUGUCCUGGUUCAACGGUGGAUCCCUGGGAAUAUUGUACUCCACUGGGACAUUCUCUUUGAACUUUUGUGGGUCCAAUAAGAUACAUCAGUUCUUUUGUGAUGUUCCUGCCUUACUAAAACUCACUUGUUCUCAAGAACAUGCAGCUAUUACUGUCAGUGUGGCCAUUGGGGUCUGUUAUGCAUUUUCAUGUUUAGUUUGCAUUGCGGUCUCCUAUGUGUAUAUUUUUUCCACUGUGUUGAAGAUCCGAACCAGAGUGAACCAGUCCAAAGCCUUUGCUACCUGCCUGCCUCACCUCGUUGUUGUGAGUGCACUCCUUUUAAUGGGUGCUGUUGCUUAUUUAAAGCCACCAUCCAACAGUCCUUCUCUUCUAGACUUGCUGGUGUCUGUGUUCUAUUCUGUGGUACCCCCAACCUUGAACCCUGUUAUCUACUGUCUGAAGAAUAAGGACAUUAAAUCAGCUCUAGUAAAGUCCUGUGGAAUGUUAAAAGCAGUGGAGUAA